UUUACUCUUUUAUCUGCAGCAACUUCAAGGAAGUACAGAUUACUAUACAACGAUGUUUAUGCGAGAUGUUGUGUAUUGUUUGAACGAGAAUGAAUAAUUCACCUUAAGAAAGGAGCCAAAUGGUUUGGAUAUGUCGCAUUUGAAUAAAAAAGAAUGGGUUGUGUAAAUAGUCGAACAGAUAUUAAUGAUUUACAUCCAAAUGUUUUUCAAGUGAUGAAUGUAGAUGACUUAGGUAAUUUAAUCACACCUGGACGUUUAGAAGUCACAGAAGCUGAUAUAGUACUUCACCAACGUGGUAAACAACCUAUUAAGUGGCCAUUACGAUGUUUAAGGCGAUAUGGCUACGAUGCUGAGAUUUUUAGUUUUGAAUCAGGAAGAAGAUGCUCUACAGGACCAGGCAUUUAUGCUUUUAAAUGUCGUAGAGCUGCACAUUUAUUUAAUCUUGUGCAAACAAAUAUACAGGUUUGUAAUAAUAGCGGAGAUGAUACAAUAUCUAGAGAACUUCCAGUUGCUUCUCAUUCUGGUCCAAUAGUAACAAGAGUGACAAUACCAGUUGAGCCUAAUUAUUUGGAUCCCAUAUUAAAUAGAACUAACAAUCAUGUGGGUCCUAGAUUUGCAUAUAAUCAACAAAAUGGAGUUGGAAGGCUAGAUAGUGUGGGAAGCAGUACCGGUCUCCUACCAUCGCAAGGAAAUACGAGUUCUCCCACAUCACCACCAGUGCUACCACCACCACCACCACCAUUUCCUCAACCACAUCCGUCCUCAGUUUAUAUGAAUGAAGAAGUGUUGUCUUCUCUAUCAUUAGAAAUGGAACAUAAUAACAACAAAAGCCUUAGACGCACAAUACAAAGAUCUUGUACAGUCAGUAAUUCUAUCUCUGAUAAUGGUUCAGCAUCGCUAGAAGUAAUGUCUGUAAACAAAAGUUCAGAAGUCAUUUCUCAAAUUAAAUCACCACUUUCAAUAGCAACUUACAUGAAUGUAGAUAUUAAUACUAAUAUUAAUCCACUUUCUCCAAGUCACAGUGUUUCUGAAACAAUGAAAUUUAAAGAAGACAAAAAUGAAAACAGUGAAUCUGGACAUGCUUACAUAAAUAUAAGUUCCGGUCAAGAAUAUCCAGAAUCUUUCGGUGCUAAAUCACGACCUUCACCAUUGUCAUCUAUUCAUUCUGAUGUAGAAGAAACAACAAGACAUUGUUAUGCUAAUUUAGAGCCAAAUGAAAUUGAAAAUUUAAGAAAAAGAUUUUCUGGAGUAUCUACAGCAGAGAAAUCACCUUUGCCUCCAUCAACACCACCAGGUGGUCCAGUUAGAGAAGUAAAUUAUGCUAUAUUAGAUUUGGAUACAAAAGAUGUACCAAUGAACUCACCAUUAGAUCCUUCAAAUUCUACCGCAUCUCCUCCAGAGUCUCCAAAUAAAAUACAAAAAGGGUAUGCUACAAUAGAUUUUAAUAAAACAGCCGCUCUUUCUCAUUCAGUCAAUCCAAAUCUUGUGAAUGAUAAUGAAGGUUCAAGGAAAACACGUCAUAAUUCCACAAUUAGUGAUUUAGCAGCCUCUGGUAGACGUAGUUCAUCUAUAAGUGAAUAAUCUCUUUUUUUGUUUCCUGACUGUACUUGCAUAAUGAAUAUUCGUAACAUUUUAUAAAAAGCACAAAUACGCUUUUCUUUUUUAUUGAAUUCAAAUAUUGAAUAGUGCAAAACCAAAGAAGAAAUAUUAAAUUAAUUUGUAUACUUUUUGUGUACUUGUUUUAUAUAAUAUUAAACAAAUGAAAUUUUAGUGCGUAAAAAUAUGACAAUUAAGAAAAUCGCAUUUCAUAAUUUGUUUUACAACUUAUUAUUCAUUUGAUAGCAUUUAAUUAUAUACAUUGUGCACAAAGGACAUUACAGUAUUUUUAUGGAGUAAGUCUUUUUUUAAAGUGCUGUUGGUAUAUACAGAGGAAAAAUCUUUUAUAUAAUAUACAAAUAUGUUUAUAAAACAUUGUAUGUAAAAUGAUUUUUUAAAUUGACUAUUGUAGGAAAAUUAGAAGCAAAAAUGCUCUAAUUCUCCUGUAUCAUAGGAAUUGAUGAGGCUCAAAUAGACUAACUGAGAUAAGAGUAUAUGAUAUGAUAAUAUAAAAAGAUAAUGAUAAAAGAAUAUAUUAUUUUAAAUGGCUACUUUUAAAGUAGUCAAUUAAAAUCUAACAAUGGCUAUAAUUUGGAAUGAUUUUGAUAAAUAAUAGUUAUAUACAUAUUGCAUAUGUACGUGUGUGUAAGAUAUGUCACGAAACAGUUUCCAUGAUUUUUGUACCAUUCCGAUAAUCUAAUGAAAAAAAUAUUCAGAACUCAAGUUAGUCAAUAUUUAAUCAGUAAUAAAUUAUACUUUGUAAAUUACGAAAAAUGUUGUUGAAUAAAAGGUGAAGAUUACGUAUAUUUUUUCAAAUAGCACUAUAUUUUUUCGACUUCGUAGCGAUAUUUUAUCGAUAUCGAGACGAAUACAAUCAGCUACUAUUAGGCCUUUAUGAUGACCUCAAAUUGAGAAAUCAUUUUGAAUCGUUUGUCAUGUUAGUUGCAGAACGUAGAAACUAGUUCAAACAUUUGCUUUCAUCACUGGAUACAAGUACAUCCUAAAUAAAAUUUAAUUUCUAGUUA